AUGAUAUUUUUGAUGAGAAGUUGUCUCAUAAAACCAUAUGAAUGAAUGAAUCUUGAAGAAGUAAAGGAAGCUGAAGAUGGCUUUGAUGAGACUGAUAGGAAAGCUAUUGGUAUGUACAGAAAGAAAAGAUUGCAGGAAUGGAAAUGUCUUCAGAGGAGGGAAAAAAUAUGUGAACUAAGAGAAAGUUGUGGAAAGCAGUAUGCAAAUGAAGUUACAAAUGCUCCAAAGGACAUUUGGGUUAUAAUUCAUCUUUAUUAUUCUAGUAUCUCAAUGUGUUUGCUGGUUAAUGAACACCUCAACCUGAAGGUCUGAAAGUUUCCAGAAGGCAAGUUUCUCAAAGCCAUUGUAAACUGCUGCAUUCAGAAUUACCAGGACAAAUGUUUACCCACAAUACUUGUAUAUACUGGUGAAAUACAAGGCAGGUUCAUCGGAAUAGCUAAACAUGGGGGAAUAGAUCUGAAACAAGAAGCAGAAGUUGGACAGUACAAAAACCAGUUAUGUGAUAAAAACAUGUUUAUACACAGGAAAGAAGAAACCACAGACCUCCACUGGAACGGGUUCGUUGAAUCCCUAAAUACCUCGGGAUGCAUUACCCGGAGAGGACCCGGGAUAUCACUUGUUCCGCUUUGGGAAUGCGCGGGUGACCGCGUUCUGUGCCGGGUUCAUUAUGCCGGUGGGGAAGCGCCUCAGUUCAGCGGAGCCUCUUCUACAGGCUCUUCCGUGAGCUCGGCUGGGGGCUGUGCGCCUGGAGCCCGGUGUCCGCUCUCCCUCCCGGCGGCCCCGGCGGCUCCGCGCCGCCGCCAUUUCCUGCGGCCGCGGGGUGAGGUGAGGCGAGGUGAGCUGGGGUCAGGGAGGCGCGCGCCCACCGCGCCUGCGCGGGACACGCGCCCUCCCCCGCCCCCCCGCGCACGCGUGGCGAGGCGCGCGCGGAGAGUGGGGAAUCACCUCCCCGGUGCGCCGUUCCUGCGCACGCGCGCCGGCGGCGGCGGCCCCGGGGUGCCGCGGGUUGCAGUGCGCGCCGGCGCACGCGCGGUGGCGCGAGGCGCCGCGGCGGCCGGCGGCGGUGGGGGCUCGGCGGCGCAGGCGCGGUGGAGUCGGGGGGACUCCCGGGCCCGGGUGCUGCUGUGCCGCCGCCGGAGGAGCAGGAGCGGGAGGAGGUUCAGUCAGGCAGUGCCGGCGGGCGGCGGGCGCGGGGCUGCGCGCGGCGAGCGACGCUCGCCGGGGCAACGCAGGCGGGCAGCGGCAGCGCGGGGCCAGGUGAGCAGCGAGCGCGGCGCGGGGCGGUGCGGGCGGACCCGCCGGGCCCCGGUGUGCGGUGGCGAGGGGAAGGCGGGGGCACGGCGCGGAGGGGAGCGGUGGAAGUUUGACAGCGCCGGCGUGUCUCCCGCUCUGAACCGGGGGGCGGGAGUGUGGCGGCUGCCCUUGGGCGGGCACGGCCGCGGCCGGGGGCGGGGGGCGCUCGCGGGGCGCCCGCUAGGCCCGGUGACCCACUUUGCUCCUGUCACAACUCCCGGGCGCGUCGGGAGCGCUGCCCGCCUGGCUUCGCGCCCGCGAACCGGGCAGGGCGGGCGCGGGACUCCCCGGCAUCCGCGGGGCCGGGCCGCGCCGGACCGAGCCGAGCUGCGGGCGGCACCUCCGCCCGCCGCCGCUCCGUGGGGCAGCUCGUCCCGCGGGCUCUGGGGAGACGCGCCCGGCCCCGCCGGCCCACGCGCGGGGGAGGUUUCCGCGGCGGCCCUGCGGAGCGCGGGUGUUCGUACGGCGGGCGGGCGGCGGUCGGUGGCCGCUCGGCCCCGGGCCCUCCCCGCGGCGGGACAGUUCUGUGGGGCCUCGGGCUCCGGGCGGUGGCGAGAGCGUGCCCCGCUCUCCCUGCGGCAGGUGGGCUGGAGCUGCGGGGUUGCGUGUGUCAGGAGGCAAGAGGAUUGUUUAAACAAAUACCCUAGUGAAAGAAGUACUUUAGAAAUACACCUCGUCCGUGGUAGUCCUGGAAAAGUUCAGUAUGAACAGUUGCAGUUGUUUCACAAUAUUCAGUUUUACAGAAACAAUAUUGACUUUGUUUAUAAAUAUCUGUGGGGUUUGGGCCUGUUACUUGAAAUUGGACAGUAUUUGAUUGUUGUAAUAGAGGAUUCUACUUGA